AGUUUCGCAUAGCCAGACCUCAUCUCGCGUGUCCAGUUACGGCGCUACAAUGAAGCGUCACUUCAGUUAAACAGUUCCAGUCAAGUCUUUACUACUUUUCAUUUCUAACAUUCACAAUAAAACUACGCUGCAAAUAUGGAAAUUGGGACCGAAAUAAGCAAGAAAAUACGGACAGCGAUUAAGGGCAAAUUGCAAGAACUUGGCGCCUAUGUCGACGAGGAGUUGCCCGAUUACAUCAUGGUGAUGGUGGCGAACAAGAAAAAUGCACAGCAGAUGGCAGAGGACUUGUCCCUUUUCCUCGGCAACAACACCCUAAAGUUUACUGUGUGGUUACAUGGUGUCCUGGAGAAAUUAAGAUCAGUGGCAGUCGAACCAACUUCACUCAGGACGCAGCACCCCAGCGCUGAUCCCAGUGGUGCAGGGAGAGGCCGGGUUGCAUCCCUAGAGGACAGGAGGGGAGAGGAUCUACGUGGCUUGGCAGUGUCUAGCUCGCAUCCGGAUCGGACGGAGGCCCGCGUCACUACUAGCUCUGUGCAUGAGCAUCACAUUACCACUGGACGGCUAACCUCUGCAGUGAAGCCCCUGGUGGAGCUCCUGUCCUCCGAGGCUGUCAUUGACAUCAAGCCUGAGCUGGAUGACGACCUCAUUGCGGAGGAUCUGGCAGAGGGGAGCGCGGGAGGCAGCAGAACCACGGUGCCAGCUGGCCACAGCUCUGCCCGCCCCUCUGUUGAGCUGUACAGGCCCCCGCCAGCGGUACGGGCUCCUGGGGCUCCAGCCCGCACACCGGGCCGGGCCCAGGAGAGCCUGCAUGGUUACAGGCCCGCAGAGCAGCCUUACAGCAGGCCACACCACACCUCUAUCCAGGACAGCAGGGGUUCCCGGCCUGCCAGAGAGGACGAGGUCUCCCGCAAGCGCAAGGCCCCAGUGGCCAGCUCCAUCGUCCGGGUCAGCAGGGGCGAUGGGCGGGAGAGCGAGCAACUGGAAGAGGACGACGAGGAGGAGGAGGACGAGGAUGAGGAAGGCUACGGGGGACGGAGUGGUGGUCUGUCCAGCAGAGUGUCCUUACCAUCCAAACCGGAGCGCAGACCCACUCUGCCUCCCGCAAAGCAAGCCAACAAGAACCUGAUACUGAAGGCCAUCUCUGAGGCCCAGGCAUCCAUCUCAAAGACAACGAAUUACACAACAGCACCUCAGCGGCAGAUGGUACCUGUGGCUCCCCGCACGCGUUCUGCCGGGGAUGAGUUGGGCACGCCCCAUCUGCAGGCCCCAGAGGACCUCCUCAGCCCCGCCCCCAGGGAGCAGACUUACGUCCCGACUGAGCGUGCAUCAGACAGGCAGGAAGUUCAGAUGAGGUCCCUGUCCUCCCGGCUGCAGAUGGACGUCUCAGAACACGGAGCAAGGGGACAGCAAGCCUUCGUCGUGUCCGAGUUGGGCGGGAUGAAGUCCAGUGAUACGCGCUCCUUCAUCGUGCGGCGGCCGGAGGUGGAGGACCUGGGGUCCGUGCAGAACCGGCUCGGGGGCCUGAUGGAGGACACGGUGCCCCCCACGCCCCGCACAGUGCAAACCAGUCGGGACAGGAUGGAGACCCCGGUUUGCGCCAGUCCCAAGUUCAUCGUGACCCUGGAUGGGGUGCCCAGCCCCCUGGCGGACGUCAUGGAAAGUGACACGGACAGCGGGGAGAGGCCCAAAGCGAGUGUGCACCAGCGGCUGCAGCGGGAGCAGCCUUACUCGGAGGAAGAGGAUGAGCCAGAGAUGGACGCUGAUGUCCCCGUGAAGCGACAGAAGGUUCUGGAGCGAUGCAAGUUCUGGCCUGUGUGCAAGACCGGAGACGAAUGCCUCUACCAUCACCCCACGACCAAGUGCAAGACUUUCCCCAGCUGCAAGUUUGGAGACAAGUGCCUGUUUGUCCACCCAAACUGCAAGUACGAUGCCAAAUGCACCAAGGCCGAUUGCCCCUUCACCCACGUCAGUCGGAGAGGGCCUACCGCUCCGCCCCGCCCAGCUGCCCAGCCGUCCAGCGCCACCUGCCGUUUUUUCCCUGACUGCAAGAAGAUGGACUGUCCAUUUUAUCACCCCAAGGCCUGUCGGUUUGCAGCGCAGUGCAAGAGGACCGGCUGCCCCUUCUACCACCCAGCUCAGUCUGUGCCACCUAGACAUGCCCUCAAGUGGACGAAAGCCCCAAACAGUUAAAUAUGUGGAGUUGUCGCAACACUGGCAGAGCCAAGAAAAAAAAGUGGUUGUAUUGUUAACUUUUUAAUUAGUUUGCUUAUUAAUUGUCAGAGUGGUCUUUUAAUUUAGUUUCUUUUCAAAUUGUGAACUUUUGUUUUUUUAACCAGUUUUUUUUGUAAACACCUGUACAUUGAGUCCACUGUUAUGGUUAUAUUAAAAUAACGUACCACAGUGUUCUUAA